AUAGGCAACCUUUCGUUCAGUCUGCACACAAACACUCAAGCAAACAUAGAAACUGUUCGCGCUACAUGCGUGAGCGCGCUCCAGUACUCCCAGUACAGAGUUAUGCGUGCGCUCACCCCAACUCUUUUCAUUAUACGAGUGCGCGCUCUCUUGCUCAAUUGUGUAUAUCAGCUCGCUAGCGCGCGCUCUGCUGCCGACGUCGCCGCUGUGCGCUUUGGCUCGCCUGCCUGCUGCUGGCUGGCUGAACUGGACUGGUUUGUCACCAGCGAUACACACUCAAAUUCAGUCUCUAAAGGUCGCUCGCUCUAAUGAAAUCGUUGGGAAAUUACGUGCGGAUACCGGACGGAAUUAGCGCUUGUAUAUAUACGCCGUGCAAUAACGUUAGCUCGUGUGCUGCUGCACAACACACACGACGUGGAAAAAAAUAAGAAAAAUAUUUUCUGAUUCGAGCAAAAGCCAGUCGAUACGAAACGCGCGAGUGCUGAAGUGCAAGAAAAUAGUAUUGAAUAAAUUCCAGCUAGAAAAUAGCAAUACAAAUACAAAGCAACGAAAUUUGUGUGUAAAAGCAAACGAAAAUAGUAAAUCAAAUAGCAAAAUUGGCAAGUAAUAGUUGUGUGAGUUUGUGUAGCAAAUCACAUUGAAAUCACGAAUUUAGCCGAAAAAAAUCAAUGUGCAAACACUUGCAAACAUAGUGGUGAGUGGAAAAUUGGAAAAUUCUGUGUUGUGUUAUUGAGCAAGAAGAAAUGUCGAAAUUGUUUGAAAAUUCGCUAUUUAAGUGCCAGCAGUAGUUGUACUACAAAUCGCUGUGGCUGUGAGGCUGUGCAAGCGGCAAGCAGGCUAGUCAGCGUUUACUGCCGGCAGCAGAACUCGCUAAAAGCAUUAAGAAAAUACUCACGCUCGCACCUAAACGCACACGCACAGUCACACGAACGUAGCGUAGGCAGCAACGAAUGCGUGUAUGCAAACGAACGCGAAACUUUGUGAUUUAUCCAACCUACGCGCUGAGAUUUGCAGAUUUGUUUAUUUGUUUAUCAAAUCGUCUAAUGGGAGUGUUUAAGGCACGCCGUGAAAAAGGAGUGUGAAUGGCAAAUGUUAGUGAUUUUUAAAGUACUACGCACACAUUCAACGAAGAGAAGCCAUUUUAAAGUGUUAAAAAUUAAUAAAGGACUGUGUUAAAACAAAAAAAGUAAAAAUAAUAAAAUUUUAAAAAGAAGAAGCAGAAUAAAACAGUGAAAAAGUAAUAACGAAACAACGAAGUGCUGAAAAAAAGUUACAAAACAACCACAAUGUGCAAACAACAAAAAUGUUAAAAGUUAGCGAAAUUUCGCAAGCAAAACAAAAAUUUAACAACAAAACUUUCUAAGGAAAUCCAACAAACAAACAAAUUAAAGAAACAGCAAUCAAGCAAACAACCAACCACCCAACAUACAAACAGCGGUAGCAACGCUUACUUCUUUCUACUUCUACUUCUUCGUCCCGCUGUUUGUAUAAAAAGCCAUCAAAAUUAAGUUCUCAAAGCAAAAUCAUCACGCAUACCGUCACACCGAGAACAUCUACGACGGUGGCACCGACACUGACGACGACGAAUGCCCGUUGGAGUCCACCACGAUGAAUCCGUAUGAAUAUGAAACGACACUGGACUGUCGCGAUGUGGAUACACGCGCCGUCAGCGGUGGUGGCGGCGGCGGCGGCGGCGGCGGUGGUCUAAAUGGUGGCGGUGGUAUAGCUGGUGGCAUGAUGAGUCUGCGUCACAAUCCAACAUCGACACAUUCACAUCAGAAUACGUUGCAACAUCAGAAUCAACAGAAUUUACAAUUGCAACAGCAACAUCAACUGCAACAACAGCAAUCACCAUACGAUUAUGAAUAUCAACAUUUGCCACAUCGCGCUGGUGAAUUGGCCGCAGCAGCAGCAGCAGCAGCGGCAGCGAACAACAGCGUUGGAAUGUCAACGGCACAGCGUAAUACACACGGCAGACCAGGCUAUCUCCUUGAAGGAGUUACGCCAUCGGCACCACCGGAUGUCCCACCAAGGAAUCCAACAAUGAGUCGCAUGAAUAAUGGCCGUUUAGUCCCUGGUAACCCAAAUGAUUUGGGCGUUGAUUUCGAGCCAUCGUGUUUGGUGCGAACACCAUCGGGCAACGUCUACAUUCCGAGUGGAAAUUUAAAUAUCAACAAAGGUUCACCCAUCGAUUAUAAAAGCGGCUCAGCCUGCUCAACACCUACAAAAGACACACUCAAAGGUUACGAGCGCAGCACGAAUAAUUGCAUGGGACCCGUGCUUCCACCGCGCAGCGUUAUGAGCGGUCUGCCUGCGCAUCACUACUCGACACCGAUGAAUUUCCGCAAGGGUUUGGCGGCGCGCUGGCAUCGCUGGCGAUGUGCGCUCAAUAUCUGUUUGGCGGUAUUUGCGUUACUCGGCUUGAUUUCCAUAGUUCUAUAUGUAUCCGGUGUAUUACACUUAUCCAUGGACGAACCACGCACAAUUCUAGUCGGCAACGAGGCAUCCGUAGUGACGGCCGCCAAAAGCACUAACACAGAUCUAACGAAAUUCGGACAACCCACCACGGUCACGGCAUCAACGGCAACCUCAUCACUCUCCUCGAUAUCGGCAUCACAAGCGGCAGCGGCGCAGGCAGCCAGCGGUAGCGCUGACUUGUUGGGCAACGGCGGUGGCGGUGGCACCUUACCAUCAUCGACUGCCUACCAAUCACCAGCAUCGGCGUCAUCGGCGGUAGCUGCCAUAGGUACGACCGGAGCCGUUGCCUCGUCACCCGCAUCAUCGUCGCUGGCAAAUGCCAAUAAUGGAGACAUUAGAAACGAAGUGCAAUCGGUGCUAGAUAGAGCCGCCGCUGGUUCAUACCUUGAGCGCGGCCACACAUACGGGACACAGCAAAUAUGGCGACAACAACAAACAAAGGAUAGCGCUGCAGCGCGGACGCGCCUGUCAUUCGAGACACAAGCGUAUAAACGACGACAACUACAAAAACAGCAACAACUACAAUGGCAGCGGAAGAACUAUCAGGAAAAGUUAUAUCAAAAGCAAAAACGAAUCCAACAGCAAACGCUGUUGAAAGUCCACAAGCCAUUCAACGCCAUUUGGCAACAACAUGGCGCACGAAAGAAGCGUUAUCGUCGAAGUUUAAUGACAGACCAAACUUUCGAAAGCAUCGACUUAAUUACGAGUGCGCAUACGAAGCGCGAUGAUGAAAUGAAAGCGCACGACAAUGUUAUAAACAACAAGUAUAAUGGCGAACAUAAAUUGGAGAAUGGCAAUGGCGUCGGUGUUGAUAAGGCAAAGGACGACAGUGACAGCGGCGACAGUGAACUGUUAACUGUUGGCAAUAGCGCGAACGCUGACAGCUUUGAAGUUACUCAAAAGACAAUGGCAAAUGUGGAGGAUAUGGAGUUGAAGUUGACUAACGACAAGGUGAUUGAGUUGGUGGCGCAAACGGCAGGUGUGGGAAAUCUGCUAGAUACAAAGGAGCAGCCAACAAAUUUGGUGGUUGAAGAGGUGAAAGCGCACGAGCUAAGGGAAAGUAAUACAGCGACGGUUGCGCAUCGAACGUGGCCUACAACAAGCGUUGAGACCAAUGAAGCAAAACAAUCGACGGAGCCCAAAACGCGCUGUCUUGAGACCGCAGCAACAAGCGCGUUGCAUAAAUGUCAAACGCCGCCGUUGUCUAAUACACAACCGGCAAAUAAUAAUGCUGCCGCCGCGUUAGGCAAUCAAGCGCUCGAAAUGCCAAAGGAGUUUGAAAAUAUUGCGACUGAUUAUGACAGGAAUAACGGUAAUAACACGCCCAACAGUAACCGCAUGCCAAGACGCGACAGUGUAUCUGCGACGCAAACUUUGCAAAUCAAUAACGUAUUAAAUCUCAAUCAAAACUCUAAUGAUGACAAAGAAACGGCUGCCGCUGCCGUCGUCAACGCCGCUGAGACUGGUGUUGAAGGCGCGGCAGCACAAACGUCUGACGCUGAAAUUGUCGCUGCCGCGAAGACCUCCGAUGAUGUGUCUGAUGGGCAGCAGUAUGAGACGACAUUGACGACAAUUGCCAAAGUUUUGUCAAAGGCUUUUAGGGAUAAAAAUAAUGAAGUAGUAAAUUUGACAAGCGACGGAAAUGAUGGUGGCAACGCACACGCGGCUAGCGAUGCAAACUCUGCUGCGUUGGUGGAAGGGAAUACAAUUGAAGACGCGUCUACAACAGCACCAACACCCACAGCGUCGCACCCAAAGGUUGACCUUACGACUAGCGACGCUGGUGAUAUAUUUAAUGGUGAUAUUGAUUACGUUGAAGGUGACACGCAACGUGAAGUAAGUGACUCGCAUGCGGAGUUUCUUAACAAAGACGAAGGCACGGAGGAAUAUAUUUUUAAAGCGGCGACUGAAAUUAAUGAGAUAUCGAUUACAACUGGUGCGGCGCCGCGCGCAAAUGUAGCGAGAACGCGCGCUGCGACUGCCGAAGGUGUGGCUGAAGAAGAAGCACAAACGGCCGCCUAUAAACCGCUGAAAAGCAAUUUGCGUGUACGUAAAGCGCACGAGCCGAGACAUAUUAAAAAGCUUAGACAACACUUUGGGCGCCCAAUACACGCACCUGUCUUGCCAGCGUCAGCGGCAGUGCAGUUUCUCAAUGUGAUUAUUGAUGAUGAUAAUCAAAUUGACAGGCCACCAGUGCUAAGAAACGAACCGGAAAAACUGAGCAGCAAUAACGCCGUCAUAGGCGCUGCGCCAAUUGACAAAAACAACGCCAUAAGUGAUGACAAUAAAAUGGACGGUAAUGCGACUAAAAAAUCAAAAAAUAAUUUGAGUGCGGACGCGCAAGAAACUACAGCGCGCUACCUAGAAUUUGAUGAUGCAAAUGAUACUCAAAUCAAUCGUCAUAAUGGCACAAGCGACAACGCGUUGAGUGAUAGUGAAAGCGAUACGGACGAAGCUGCAACUGAUGAUAACAAUAAUGAGCGUGAUUUGGUUGACAGCUAUGAUGAUGUCGGCUACACCGCGCGAACGCCAGCCACACCACUGGUCGCAGACACGUCAAGUGUCAUAAAAAUUGAUAAAUCCGAAUUGAAUGAGCAAGAAGAGUGGCAGCGCGCCGCAUAUGAUGAUGUAGAGACACGCACGGAGACAACAAGAGCUGGCGAUGGCGCGUGGCAAGCGGGGCGUGCGGCGAGCGAAAGCGAACUGGAAAUUAAGCUAAACGAAAGUCAAAUGCAAAACGAACGUGCUGCAAUGAUUGAAAAACACAGCACAGCAAUAGUUGGUGUUGAGACAACAACAACAACAGCAAAACUAAUGAAAACAGCUGAUGAACGACAAACGAUGGAGAUAAAUGAGCGAGCGUCAGUGGCAAGCAAAGAAGCUGUUGCAAGCGACAAGCAACUGAGAGCGGCAGCGGACGGAAGAGAUGUACAAAAAAGUAAUGUAGUGGUUUUGGGUUAUGAAAGUAAAAAGGAAGGAGCAGUGGCAGAUUUGCUGCCACUAGAAAGGAGCGACAAGCAAGCUGAUGAAACAGACUUUGAACAAGCAACACAAAAACCAAACAGCAAUCAUGUAACCAGGGAAGCGUCUGCUGAAGAUGAAGCGCCAGCGCAUGCUACAACAAUACAACCGAACCAUUUAAGCGGAAAGCAAAAAAAUACGUCAACAGCUGUAGUUGAUGAAAGCAGCUCGGAAGACGAGCUGAUGCUUAAUGACGGUUUAAUGCCGCACCAACACAACAACAACAAACACGCCAGCAACCACAACGCACCCGCUAACAUAAUCAAGAGCAAUAGUAAUUUCAAUACAAACUCCAACGCUGACGCCGCAACUAAUGACUAUCCGCCUUUCAUUGCUGAAACGAAUGCGGACGACAUUGAUAUCAUCAAGCUGGAGAAUACACACUCGAGUGAGGAUGAGAUCUAUAAAACCAUUGGUGACGGUGUUCGCAACACCAGCGCGCAAGAGAAGCCGAGUUAUGCAUAUGGCAAGCGUAAGGAAAUUGUCACCAGUCGGCCACCCAGAUAUCCGUCGCAUGCAGAAAAUGAAGUGCUCAAAGGUGGCGUAGAUGAAAACACCGCCAACAGUUACGCCGACAAGCUGCCGCCAUAUCCGCUGAAACCGCCCAUAGUGAGUGAAACGUACGAUGCGCCGACCAAACACAUACUCGUGAAUGUUUCAAUAGCCACCGAAGGUGAUAGUAACUCCGUGUAUACGCUACAUGUGGCCGUGCCCAUCGGUGGACAGUCGCACGAUGUGCAAGAGGUGCUUACGCAUGAACGCAUAAAAGCGCCGUCGCACGAAAUGGCUGCGCCACCAACAAAUACACAUGCCGAUGAACAACCGAGUCCUUAUUGCAUACCCGAACCACCGCCACCCAUACCGGAGUGUCCUUGCAAGUGCGCGGAUUUCUUAACGGUAACUGAAACGGUUGACGCUUUUGACAACGAAGCACACUUCGUGCCAUUAGAGGAUCGCGAUGAUACAGCUAGCUUUAUUGACACUGCCACUGCCGCUACCACUACGACCACCGCGCCGCACACUACCGACAAUUUCAUUCAUCCACCAUACUCACCAAUUGCUGCCACCACAGCAUCUUUGCUAACUAAUACUGUUAAUGCCACUGAAGAAUCUUUCAUUUCAACAACUACCACUGCUACAUUUACUAAUUUGCUUGGUGUUGAUGCAGCGCAUGCUGUCAGUGUUGAUGAUCAUGUUGUUGUUGCUGGUGAUGGCAGCAAAAUUGCAUGUCCUGAUGUUAUGCCUAUUCUGAUACUUGAAGGAGCGCGUACUUUCCCGGCACGCAGUUUCCCACCAGAUGGCACAACCUUCGGACAAAUCACAUUGGGACAGAAACUUACCAAGGAGAUACAACCGUAUAGCUAUUGGAACAUGCAAUUCUAUCAAUCGGAACCGGCUUAUGUGAAAUUCGAUUAUACUAUACCGCGCGGCGCCUCGAUAGGUGUCUAUGGACGUCGCAAUGCAUUGCCAACACACACACAGUAUCACUUUAAGGAGGUGCUGAGUGGCUUUAGCGCCAGCACAAGGACAGCGCGAGCGGCACACUUAUCGAUAACACGCGAAGUUACACGUUACAUGGAACCCGGUCACUGGUUCGUCUCGCUAUAUAACGACGAUGGUGACGCACAGGAGGUCACCUUCUAUGCCGCCAUUGCCGAGGAUAUGACACAGAAUUGCCCGAAUGGUUGCUCCGGCAACGGACAGUGUCUGCUUGGGCAUUGUCAAUGCAAUCCCGGCUUUGGUGGCGACGACUGCAGCGAGAGCGUUUGCCCAGUGCUGUGCUCGCAGCAUGGUGAAUAUAUUAACGGCGAAUGUAUUUGUAAUCCCGGUUGGAAGGGUAAAGAGUGCUCGUUGCGGCACGAUGAGUGCGAAGUGGCCGACUGCAAUGGACACGGUCACUGCGUGAGCGGCAAGUGCCAGUGCAUGCGUGGCUACAAAGGCAAAUUCUGCGAGGAAGUUGAUUGUCCACACCCCAACUGCUCGGGUCAUGGCUUCUGCGCCGAUGGCACUUGCAUCUGCAAGAAAGGCUGGAAGGGCACCGAUUGCGCGACCGUAGAUAAAGACGCGCUGCAAUGCCUACCAGACUGCUCGAAUCACGGCAACUUCGAUGUGGACACACAGACCUGCACCUGCGAACCGAAGUGGAGUGGCGACGACUGCUCGAAGGAGCUCUGCGACUUGGACUGUGGACAACAUGGACGCUGUGUGGGCGAUGCCUGCACUUGUGAUGCCGAAUGGGGCGGCGAAUACUGCAACACCAAACUCUGCGAUACGCGCUGCAAUGAGCAUGGUCAGUGCAAGAAUGGCACCUGUCUCUGCGUGACCGGUUGGAAUGGCAAGCACUGCACCAUCGAGGGCUGUCCGAAUGGCUGUUCGGCGCAUGGACAGUGUCGCGUGAGCGGCGAGGGGCAGUGGGAGUGCCGCUGCUACGAGGGCUGGGAUGGGCCCGAUUGCGGCAUAGCGCUCGAGUUGAAUUGCGGCGACAGCAAGGACAACGAUAAGGAUGGUCUCGUCGACUGUGAGGAUCCCGAGUGCUGCGCCAGUCAUGUGUGCAAGACAUCACAGCUGUGCGUCUCCGCACCCAAACCGAUUGAUGUUUUGCUGCGCAAGCAACCACCAGCCAUCACGGCCUCGUUCUUCGAACGCAUGAAAUUCUUGAUUGACGAGAGCAGUCUGCAGAACUACGCCAAACUCGAGACGUUCAAUGAAAGCAUUUUUUGGAAUUAUUUCAAUGCAAGCCGUUCCGCUGUUAUACGCGGUCGCGUUGUCACCUCACUCGGCAUGGGUUUGGUGGGUGUGCGCGUCUCCACCACGACACUACUUGAAGGCUUCACGCUUACACGCGACGACGGUUGGUUCGAUCUGAUGGUAAAUGGUGGCGGCGCUGUUACACUACAAUUCGGACGCUCACCAUUCCGUCCACAGUCACGCAUCGUACAAAUACCCUGGAACGAGGUGAUCAUCAUCGAUGUGGUGGUUAUGUCCAUGUCGGAGGAGAAGAAUUUGAUACCCAUACCGCACACGUGCUUCUCACACGACUACGAUCUCAUGAAACCGGUUGUGUUGGCCUCGUGGAAGCAUGGUUUCCAAGGCGCUUGCCCCGAUCGUUCCGCCAUUUUAGCCGAAUCUCAAGUUAUACAGGAGUCACUGCAAAUCCCUGGCACUGGUUUGAAUUUGGUGUAUCACUCUUCACGCGCCGCUGGCUAUCUUUCAACCAUUAAACUACAGUUGACACCUGAAACUAUACCGGAUUCACUGCAUCUGAUACAUCUGCGCAUAACCAUCGAGGGUAUACUGUUCGAGCGUGUUUUCGAGGCUGAUCCGGGCAUUAAAUUCACCUAUGCAUGGAACCGUUUGAACAUCUACCGUCAACGUGUCUAUGGCGUGACCACAGCAAUUGUCAAGGUUGGCUAUCAGUACACCGACUGCAAGGACAUCAUUUGGGAUAUACAAACCACCAAGCUCUCUGGCCAUGACAUGUCCAUCUCCGAGGUCGGCGGUUGGAAUCUUGAUAUACACCACCGUUACAACUUCCAUGAAGGCAUACUGCAGAAGGGUGAUGGCUCCAAUAUCUAUCUGAAGAAUAAACCACGUGUUAUACUCACUACCAUGGGUGAUGGCCAUCAACGUCCGCUCGAAUGCAACGAUUGCGAGGGUUUGGCAUACAAGCAACGUCUGCUUGCGCCUGUCGCCUUAGCCGCCUCACCCGAUGGCAGUUUAUAUGUCGGCGAUUUUAACUACAUACGUCGCAUUAUGACCGAUGGCACCAUACGCACUGUGGUCAAGUUGAAUGCCACACGCGUCUCCUACCGCUACCACAUGGCAUUGAGUCCACUAGAUGGCACGCUUUAUAUAUCCGAUCCCGAGUCACAUCAAAUCAUACGCGUACGCGACACUAAUGAUUAUUCGCAACCGGAAAAGAACUGGGAACCCAUUGUAGGCUCAGGUGAACGUUGUCUACCAGGCGAUGAGGCACAUUGUGGUGAUGGCGCACUGGCGAAGGACGCGAAACUAGCAUAUCCCAAAGGCAUCGCUAUUUCCAGCGAUAAUAUCUUAUACUUCGCAGAUGGCACAAACAUCCGUAUGGUUGAUCGUGAUGGCAUCGUCACAACGCUGAUUGGCAAUCACAUGCACAAGUCACACUGGAAGCCCAUACCUUGCGAGGGCACACUGAAGUUGGAAGAGAUGCAUUUGCGUUGGCCUACCGAAUUGGCCGUUAGCCCCUUGGACAAUACACUGCAUAUCAUCGAUGAUCAUAUGAUUUUGCGUAUGACACCCGAUGGUCGUGUGCGCGUCAUCUCCGGACGUCCGCUACAUUGCGCCACCACCUCCACUGUUUACGACUCCGAUUUGGCUACACAUGCCACGCUCGUGAUGCCACAAUCGAUAUCUUUUGGUCCCAUGGGUGAGCUCUAUGUGGCAGAGAGCGACUCGCAACGCAUCAACCGUGUGCGCGUCAUUGGCACCGACGGUCGCAUUACACCUUUCGCCGGCGCCGAGUCGAAAUGCAAUUGUUUGGAACGUGGCUGUGACUGUUUCGAGGCAGAGCACUUCCUAGCAACCAGCGCCAAGUUUAACACUAUUGCAGCACUUUCAGUUACACCCGAUGGUCAUGUGCACAUCGCUGAUCAGGCGAAUUACCGCAUACGCUCGGUUAUGUCCAGCAUACCCGAAGCCAGCGUGUCACGCGAGUAUGAGAUCUAUGCACCAGAUAUGCAAGAGAUUUACAUCUUUAAUCGAUUCGGCCAACACGUCUCCACAAAGAAUAUUCUAACCGGCGAAACCACGUAUGUCUUCACUUACAAUGUCAACACUUCCAACGGCAAAUUGAGUACAGUAACCGAUGCGGCGGGCAAUAAGGUCUUCCUACUGCGCGACUACACAUCUCAGGUGAACUCGAUUGAAAAUACGAAGGGUCAGAAAUGUCGUCUACGCAUGACCCGCAUGAAGAUGUUGCACGAACUGAGCACACCAGACAACUACAAUGUGACAUUUGAAUAUCACGGCCCAACUGGCUUGCUAAAGACGAAACUCGAUUCCACUGGUCGCUCUUACGUCUACAACUAUGAUGAAUUUGGUCGUCUCACUUCGGCUGUUACACCAACUGGUCGUGUCAUUGAUUUGGUGUUCGAUUUGAGCGUUAAAGGUGCACAAGUUAAGAUAUCCGAAAAUGCACAGAAGGAACAAUCGAUGCUCAUACAAGGCUCAACUGUCAUGGUACGCAACGGUGCCGCCGAAUCGAAGACAUCUGUAGAAAUGGACGGUUCAAUGACAAGUCUAACACCAUGGGGUCACACCGUACAAAUGGAGGUGGUACCGUACGCUAUUUUGGCUGAAAUCAACCCUGUCAUUGGUGAAAGCUAUCCAGUACCCGCCAAGCAGCGCACCGAAAUCGCUGGUGAUCUGGCUAAUCGCUUUGAAUGGCGUUACUUCGUGCGUCGCAUGCAACAGGGCAAACAAGGUAAGGGACCACGCCCAGUCUCACAAGUCGGACGCAAGCUGCGUGUGAAUGGUGAUAAUGUGUUGACGCUUGAGUAUGACCGCGAUGCGCAAUCUGUCGUUGUGCUCGUGGACGAUAAACAAGAACUCCUGAAUGUGACCUAUGACCGCACAGCACGUCCCGUAAGCUUCCGUCCACAAUCGGGCGACUAUGCUGAUGUCGACUUGGAAUACGAUCGCUUUGGUCGUUUGGUGAGCUGGAAGUGGGGUGUGCUGCAAGAAGCUUACACCUUUGAUCGCAACGGACGCUUAAACGAAAUUAAAUACGGUGACGGGUCAUCGAUGGUUUAUGCCUUCAAAGACAUGUUCGGCUCGCUGCCACUGAAGGUGACCACACCACGUCGUUCUGACUACCUCUUGCAGUACGACGAUGCUGGCGCGCUACAAAGUUUGACUACUCCACGCGGCCAUAUACACUCAUUCUCACUGCAAACCUCGCUCGGCUUCUUCAAAUACCAAUACUUCUCCCCGAUCAACCGUCAUCCAUUCGAAAUUCUGUACAACGAUGAAGGACAGAUACUCGCCAAGAUACAUCCACACCAGUCAGGCAAAGUGGCGUUUGUACAUGAUUCCGCUGGCCGUUUGGAGACAAUUCUGGCUGGGCUAUCAAGCACUCACUACACUUAUCAGGACACCACGAGCCUCAUCAAAUCAGUUGAGGUGCAGGAGCCUGGCUUUGAGCUACGUCGCGAGUUCAAGUAUCACGCUGGCAUUCUCAAGGAUGAAAAGGUACGUUUCGGCUCGAAGAACUCUUUAGCUUCCGCACACUAUAAGUACUUCUACGAUGGCAAUGCGCGUCUCAGUAGCAUUGAGAUGUCCAUUGAUGAUAAGGAAGUGCCCACAGCACGUUACAAGUACAGCCAAAACCUAGGACAACUGGAAGUCGUACAGGAUCUGAAGAUUACACGCAACGCUUUCAAUCGCACCGUUAUACAAGACUCGGCUAAACAAUUCUUCACGAUCAUCGAUUACGAUCAGCAUGGACGUGUAAAGAGUGUGCUUAUGAAUAUCAAGAGCUUCGAUGUAUUCCGCCUUGAGUUGGAUUAUGAUCUGCGAAAUCGCAUCAAAUCACAGAAGACCACGCUGGGACGUUCAACAUCCUUCGACAAAAUCAAUUACAACGCUGAUGGUCAUGUGAUCGAAGUGCUCGGCACAAACAAUUGGAAGUACUUGUACGAUGAGAAUGGCAACACUGUCGGCAUUGUAGAUCAAGGUGAGAAAAUUAAUCUCAGUUAUGAUAUUGGCGAUCGUGUCAUACAAGUCGGUGAGAUCGAAUUCAACAAUUACGAUGCGCGCGGUUUUGUGGUGCGACGUGGUGAACAGAAGUACCGUUAUAACAAUCGCGGUCAGCUGAUACACGCCUUCGAAAGAGAUCGCUUCCAAUCAUGGUAUUACUAUGAUGACCGCAGCCGUUUGAUAGCUUGGCACGAUAGUAAGGGUAAUGUAACACAGUACUACUAUGCCAACCCAAGAACACCAAAACUGCUGACACACGUACACUUCCCCAAAGUGGGCAAGACUUUGCGCUUCUUCUACGACGAUCGUGAUAUGCUUAUUGCUGUGGAGAACGGCGAUCAGCGUUACUAUGUAGCCACCGAUCAAAAUGGUUCACCAUUGGCCUUCUUCGACCCGAACGGCAUAAUAAUCAAAGAUAUAAGACGCACACCAUUCGGCCGUAUCAUCAAGGAUACCAAUCCAGACUUCUUCAUACCGAUCGACUUCCAUGGUGGUCUGCUAGAUCCCAACACCAAAUUAAUCUACACCGAAGGACGCCACUACGAUCCCACAGUUGGACAAUGGAUGACACCCAAAUGGGAGACGUUGGCAACCGAGAUGUCCAAUCCAACAGACGUCUUCAUCUACCGUUACCACAACAAUGAUCCUGUCAAUCCUAACAAACCACAAAACUACAUGAUCGACUUGGAGUCGUGGUUGCAACUCUUCGGCUAUGAUUUGCGUAGCAUGCAGAGCUCGAAGUACACCAAAGACGCACAAUACGUACCACAAAUUUCCAUUAAAUCCAAUACGCUGGCACCUGAAUUCGGUGUGAUUUCCGGUUUGGAAUGCAUCGUCGAAAAGACCAAUGAGAAAUUCAGUGAUUUCGAUUUCGUGCCGAAACCGCUGCUGAAGAUGGAACCAAAGAUGCGUAAUCUGCUGCCACGCAUUAGCUACCGACGCGGCGUCUUCGGCGAGGGUGUGCUGCUUUCGCGCAUUGGCGGACGUGCAUUAGUCAGCGUCGUCGACGGCUCGAAUAGCGUAGUACAGGAUGUGGUCUCAUCCGUAUUCAACAACUCCUACUUCCUCGAUCUGCACUUUAGCAUACACGAUCAAGAUGUAUUCUACUUUGUCAAGGACAAUGUGCUCAAACUGCGCGACGACAACGAAGAACUGCGACGACUCGGUGGCAUGUUCAACAUAUCAACACACGAAGUGACCGAUCAUGGCGGCAGCGCUGCCAAGGAAUUACGCCUGCACGGACCCGACGCUGUGGUGAUAAUCAAAUAUGGUGUCGAUCCCGAGCAGGAAAGACAUCGCAUACUUAAACAUGCGCACAAGCGUGCCGUCGAACGCGCGUGGGAGCUCGAGAAACAGCUGGUAGCCGCUGGCUUCCAAGGACGUGGUGACUGGACUGAAGAGGAGAAGGAGGAGCUUGUGUCGCACGGCGAUGUGGAUGGCUGGAUUGGCAUCGACAUACACAGCAUACACAAGUACCCACAGCUGGCCGACGAUCCAGGCAAUGUAGCAUUUCAGCGUGACGCCAAACGCAAACGAAGAAAGAUCGGCGCCGGACACCGCACAGCGAAAUCGCGCCGACAGCAAUUGAGAGUGAUGGAUUUGAGUGCGUGAGUGGAUGAGACGAACGAAGAUGAAGCAUACAAGCGAAGUCGUGUGGCAACAACUGUGACAAAUGUGAAUGAGCAAAUCGAAAAUGGUGAAAGUGAAGAGGAGGAGAAUAAACGAAGUUAUGCUAAUGCCUAUGCACGGCUCGCGAGCUGGGCACCAGGUGCAAACGCAAAUGAACUGAACACCAUUGAGACCACACUCUAUUUAGACAACAACAACAGCAAUAGCAGCGGUGAUGAUGGUGUGGACGACGACAACGACAGCAACGACGACGACGAAGACGAUGACGAAGUUGAAGGCGCGCAGCCGAAGGACGUACGUGCACUCAUUGGUGUAAAUGAAGCUAACCGCAACGGCAAUGAGGAGGAGGAGGUGGAGUACUACCACGACGAAUACUAUUAUAAUAACAACUACUACGAUCAGCACUACUAUCGCAGCAGCAAAGGCACCGAUACAGACGACUUAUAUUAAACAACCAACAACAACAAUACUACUACAUACAAACAUAUAUAAGAAGAAGAAAAAAACUGAAAAGCAAAUUAAAUUUAAAGAAUCUAGUGGGUAUUAAAUUAAAAUAUGUGUGAGUACGUACGACUAAUUACAGAAUACUAUGAGUAGGUAUGUGUGACGAAAACAACAAAAGAAAAAAAAACAAAAAAUCAUAAUAACAACAACUAAAAAAACACAUUUGAAAAUCAAUAUUUGCA